AAGUGUUGGGACGAUUGGAAACAGCAUUCUUGAAAACAAAACAACAAAGUGAAAAUUCUUACAACUUAUGCUUUGGGAGUGUCCCGGAGAGGAAGGUGCUGGAUGUGAUUCAGUGUGGAAAGGUCAGCACAAUUACUGAUUUCAGGGCAUUAGGGAAACGCAGCAGGAAACAAUACUCAACAGAUUACACUUCUAGGAAAAGAGGGCAGGUUUCUCUCCUCUAGCUUUAGAAAUUUUGCUGCAGGGUAAAGACAAGAUCCCUGCCCUUUUAAAAACCGUAACUCUUUGCCUUAAAAGGAUGCAGGGAUCCUUCUUUUGGCAAAACAACUGCUUUACAGCCUAGCCAAGUCUGAAUGCUUUUCGAGAGGCGCACAUAGCAAAACCGUCUGAGCGCGCCCUGCUAGUGUUCACAGCGAAAGGCAGUGUUACCGAGAAGAGUCUAGCCUGCUGCAGAGCCUUCCGGCUCCGAGGCCAGCCUGUGCUCCGCCCUCCGGCUCGCUGCCACCGGCGGCCCGGCGCUCCCUGGGUGGGGCGGCGGCCCGUGCAGAUGCAGCGGGCCACGCGGGGCCGCUGCUGCAGCCGGCUGGGCGGUGCGCCCGGGCAGCCUCAGCCGCGCGCCGCGUCGCUGUAAUCGGACACCGAGCGCUCGCCCCCGGCGCCCGGCCACUUGCCAUUCACUCCGAGGUGCCGGGUUGAGCGACGUGGAGAAGGGCUCCGGGUGCCGCGGCUCUGCGGCCCGGGGAUUCUGCUACAAAGAAACUCAGCACCGGCCCGCCGGGAUCUCACCCUCCGGACUCCAAGUCUUUAAAGGUCUUCUGGGGAAAGGAUCUGGGGACUGGGAAUCCGAGCCCAGAACAAGUGGCUGUCUUCUCCUGGACCUUUUCCCACCUCGGUAUUUUCCCUUGGAUAUUAAUGUCCAAAUCAGAAGAAAUGGCAUUACGGGAGAUUUGUGUGUUGGUUGGAGUAUUUAUUUGUUCCAUUUGCGUCCAAGGAUCAUCCCAGCCCCAAGCAAGAGUGUAUUUAACAUUCGAUGAGCUUCGAGAAACCAAAACCUCUGAAUACUUUAGUCUGUCCCACCAGCAGUUAGACUACAGAAUAUUACUGAUGGAUGAAGAUCAAGACCGGAUAUACGUGGGGAGCAAAGACCACAUCCUGUCCUUGAAUAUCAACAAUAUCAGUCAAGAACCUUUGAGUGUUUUCUGGCCAGCAUCAACAAUCAAAGUUGAAGAGUGCAAAAUGGCUGGCAAAGAUCCUACACACGGCUGUGGGAAUUUCGUCCGCGUUAUUCAGACCUUCAACCGUACUCACUUGUAUGUCUGUGGGAGUGGAGCGUUCAGCCCAGUGUGCACCUACCUGAACAGGGGAAGGAGGUCAGAGGACCAAGUUUUCAUGAUCGACUCUAAAUGUGAAUCAGGAAAAGGACGAUGCUCUUUCAACCCCAAUGUGAACACCGUGUCUGUUAUGAUCAAUGAGGAACUCUUCUCAGGAAUGUAUAUAGAUUUCAUGGGUACAGAUGCUGCUAUUUUUCGAAGUUUAACUAAGAGGAAUGCAGUCCGGACUGAUCAACACAAUUCAAAAUGGCUGAGUGAACCUAUGUUUGUUGACGCACAUGUGAUCCCAGAUGGCACUGAUCCGAAUGAUGCUAAGGUCUAUUUCUUCUUCAAAGAAAGAUUGACUGACAACAACAGGAGCACAAAACAGAUACAUUCCAUGGUCGCAAGAAUAUGCCCUAAUGACACUGGUGGACAACGUAGUCUUGUCAACAAGUGGACCACAUUCUUAAAGGCAAGGCUUGUGUGCUCAGUCACAGAUGAAGAUGGCCCAGAGACACAUUUUGAUGAACUAGAGGAUGUUUUCCUGCUGGAAACGGACAACCCAAGAACAACACUUGUGUAUGGCAUCUUCACAACAUCAAGCUCUGUUUUUAAAGGAUCAGCUGUGUGUGUGUAUCAUUUAUCUGAUAUACAGACUGUAUUCAAUGGGCCUUUUGCCCACAAGGAAGGGCCCAAUCACCAACUGAUAUCCUAUCAAGGUAGAAUUCCAUAUCCUCGUCCUGGAACUUGCCCAGGAGGGGCUUUUACACCCAAUAUGAGAACCACCAAGGACUUCCCAGAUGAUGUUGUCACUUUCAUUCGGAACCACCCUCUCAUGUACAAUUCCAUCUACCCCAUCCACAGAAGGCCUCUGAUCGUCCGCAUAGGCACUGACUACAAGUACACAAAGAUUGCUGUGGACCGUGUGAAUGCUGCUGAUGGGCGAUACCACGUUCUGUUCCUCGGGACAGAUCGGGGCACCGUGCAGAAGGUCGUAGUCCUUCCUACCAACAGCUCUGCUAGUGGGGAGCUCAUUCUGGAGGAGCUGGAAGUCUUUAAGAAUCAUGUUCCUAUAACAACAAUGAAAAUCUCAUCCAAAAAGCAACAGUUGUACGUGAGCUCCAAUGAGGGGGUUUCCCAAGUCUCUCUGCAUCGUUGCCAUAUCUACGGCACAGCCUGUGCAGACUGCUGCCUGGCAAGGGACCCAUACUGCGCCUGGGAUGGCCACUCCUGCUCUAGGUUCUACCCCACUGGGAAACGAAGGAGCCGAAGACAAGACGUGAGACACGGGAAUCCAUUGACACAGUGCCGAGGGUUCAAUCUGAAAGGUAUGAGAGCAUACAGAAAUGCGGCUGAAAUUGUUCAGUACGGAGUAAGAAAUAACAGCACUUUCCUUGAAUGUGCUCCCAAGUCUCCGCAGGCAUCUAUCAAGUGGUUGCUGCAGAAAGACAAAGACAGGAGGAAGGAGGUUAAACUGAAUGAACGCAUUAUAGCCACUUCCCAAGGACUACUGAUCCGCUCUGUUCAAGAUUCUGACCAAGGACUCUACCACUGCAUUGCCACAGAGAACAGCUUCAAACAGACCAUAGCCAAGAUUAACUUCAAAGUUUUAGAUUCAGAAAUGGUGGCCGUUGUGACAGACAAGUGGUCCCCAUGGACAUGGGCUGGAUCUGUGAGGGCUCUACCCUUCCAUCCAAAGGACAUCCUGGGGGCAUUCAGCCACUCGGAAAUGCAGCUCAUCAACCAGUACUGCAAAGACACCCGGCAGCAACAGCAGCUGGGGGAGGAGCCACAGAAGAUGAGAGGGGACUAUGGCAAACUAAAGGCGCUCAUCAACAGCAGGAAAAGCAGAAACAGGAGGAAUCAGCUUCCAGAGUCAUAAAACAUUCAUCCUUGGAGUUUGGCCACCAGGAACAAAUGCUCUGUCUUCACUAGUCAACUACUAAGCAAAAUCUUGUGCUUUACCCAUGAGAAAUCCCUGACAAAAGCUGGAGACUCACUAUAAAAAGUGUGUUCUUUGUGGACUGAAAUGAGCAUGCAUCUUCUUGUAUGAUACAGACUAGCGCUAGACAUGUCAUGGUCCUCAUGGUGCAUAGAAAUAUUUAACUUAUCCCAUAUUUUAUUUAUAUCUUUAUGUGUCUUUUCUUCAACACCAAUGCAGCAUCAGAAGCAGAACUGUUACACCCGGUAAAUUACCCUGCGCUGUUCCUUCUGUGCUCUAGGGGUUUACCUUUCUAAUUGUCACUGGUUUUUAUACAUGAAAACGAAUUCCAGUUCACAAUUUUCACAUAGUAAAUGUCCUAUAAAUGUGUGUGACAUCCAAUGUCUUGGAGGUUACACAAAUGACAGGGAAGAGAGCAUCCAGAUGUUACAUAAAGUCAAGAGUGACUCAUAAAGAGAAAGUGAUGAGUUCAUAUGCUUCCCGUGAUUUAUAUUCUUGCUUGUCCCUUUGCUUAAGAUUGUAAGAUGUGUCAGUUGCUGAUGUCUGCCAUCAAUGGUUGUUCUCUUGUUUUGGAAAGACAAAAUGAAUAGCCUGUACCAUCCCAUCUUUGAUGGGAGAUCUAUCAGUGAGACAUUGACAUUUCUACUGUUAUGUUAUCAUCUUCCAAACAAAAGCACUUUGUCUUUUGGAAGUUAUUUAAGUUAUUAUAGACUUAGAUAAACUCUUGCAUUAUUUAAUUGAUUUACUGUUUUGGUUUUAAUGCCCUAGUCUACCUGGAAAAUUAAAGGAAACAGGGAUGAAAUAUUAAAGCAUGUAAUUUUUCCAUGCAGAGUAGAGCUAACCAAAAUUAAAAAGGAAGAUCAAAGCAUACGAUUUGCCAUGUAAAGGAAUGUGUAACAUGUAGUUUGUUUUCCACAUUAGCAUUAGGAAUCAAACUGUAGAAGUAAUUUGUACAUCCAAGAACCAGUUUCACAAACCAUACUGAGUUUUCAGACAAAGUAUCAUGAUUUUAUAAACAUAUCUACCAUUCUAAGGUUAUUAUUAAAUCAAGAAAGAAAAUCUCAACACACUAUAAACAAAAUAGAAUAUCUAUUUUCACUCAGACAUUUUUUUCCACUUGAUAAUACUUCUUUAGGAAUAUUGAUACACUUGUUCAGGGACCUGUGUAACCAUUGAAAAAUUUUAGUACUAUCUUCUAAUUACACAUUUGGAUUGUUAAAUGAGAAAUGUAUAAUCCUAAAAUCAGUUUCUGCAAUUUAAAUGGAUAAAAUAUAGGAGAUUUUCUUAUAUGUCUUUUAAUUAUACAUCUUUCAUUUAAUUUCAUUUCAUUUGAAUAUGUUUAUAUCUUCAGAUAAAAAGAGAAAUUUUACAAAACACUAUUGAAACACACUUUGUAUUAACAAUUCAUUUAGAAGGUAAUUAAAACGGAUCUACAUCCUUUUACAGUGCUGUGGGAAAGAACUCCAGGAAGUAAAAUUAUGAGUUGGUAGUAGGACCAUGUGUUUAGCAUGCACUGGGUUCAAACAGACAGAAAGGAAGAAAUAUGAGGAGGAAGAGAGGCAGGCAUAAAAAAAAGAAUAGAGAGGAAAGAAGGAGAGCAGGAAGGAGGAAAAGAAGGCAAAGAAAGACAGAGAGAAUACAUUCAUUAUCAGAAGAUUAAAAAAAUGUUAGUUACAUGAUGGUCAGUUUGGGGGUUCUAAGAGUGCACCUCAGUGUUAGAGAAGACAACAGUUAAAACAGAGGGCAUAAAUGUACCCAAAUGUGUACAGUACCACAAUAACCUAUACAGUCAUCAUAUGCAAAUGAUUAGCUUGUUUAAAAUGUUCACACUUUGGUUUUCCUUAUGCAUAUACAAAUAGCAGUGUGUUCACAAGCAAUGCUAACACCGCCCUCUAUGUUUAUAACAAAUCUAUUGUAUGAAGAGAGUUAAAAUAAAAUGACAUCCAAGGCACCAUUCCCCUUGCUCCUCUUAGCUUCAAACUGCUAGUCAGUGAUGUUUAGUUCUAUGAUAUUAUUUGUUCUAUUUAAUACCUCCUGUUUUUUUUACCAUAAUUAUAUUUUAAAUCCUCAUUUCCUUUCCUCAAAAGAUAUAGAAAUUACUGUUCAGCAAAACCUGGCCAAAAGUAAAACAUAUGUAUUUCUCAAAGACAUAAUUAAUACAUAUUGGUUAUGGGUGAUUCCUUGGCUUUAUGUUGUUUACUUGGGAAAUUUAAUGGUUUAACAUGUUUUUUUUUGUAUUGUACAUAAAAUUACCUAGAAAUGCACUUUUACCCCACAAUGUAGGUUCGUGAAUAGAUUUAGCAUGAUGAAGCUGUCUUUACAGUGAAUGUUCCCCCAUGUAGAGAAAGCAAACUAGAUAUAGUUACCACAUGAGAAUUUAAUUAGAUGUUGAAAAAAAAUCAUUUGUCUGGAAAAAAUAAAACAUUGAAUUCCCCCAA